CUUCUUCUUCUUCUUCUUCUUCUUCUUCUUCUUCUUCUUCCACUAAGAAGAAUAUUGCUCUAGCUAGAAAUGGCUUCAAGGACUCUCUUUCUCCAAGUACUUGUUAUAGUGUUGUGUUUUUCUCACCUGAUAUUCUCAAAUGCUGUACCAGUUACAAGGAUUAGAGGCUUAAUGCAUGGAAACCAAGCUCAUGAUCUUCCUCAAGGAACCAUCCACAAACAGGUAACCACAGAGAAGAUCUUGGAGGAGAAAACUGUUGCUGAAAGGAUGGAUGUGGAGCUCCAUGACUACCCGGGUUCAGGGGCGAAUAACCGCCACACUCCGAAGCCCCAGUUUGGGAGAUGUGCUGACUGUUAAUUACUACUACUUCAUCUAUAGUUAGUUAUCUGGUGCUAGAGUUUUGUGUUUAAUUUGGUAUAAUGUUUUGUGGGCAUUUUGUAAUGCUUCUUGUUCACUCAAUUAAGUUGAUUAAGAAGGUGGAAUUGCGUAAGAGUAGUACUAAAUUAGUAGGUGAAAUAUUGUAGUGAUAUGACUAAAAAAAAUGGUGGAAAGAAAAUGGUUUACCUGGAGUUUAUAUAAGUUGUUCUACAUGAGUAA